UGGGCAGGUGGGAUGAUACCCCUUUCUUCCCAGCCUGAACCUCACAGAACCUCCAGUCCCAUAAUAUAGAUAUCAGAUACCUGGAUCUGAGUCUUGGGGCAGCAAGAGAAGGUAGGAUACUAGCCAGGGAGCCCGAGGAAGAAUGUGGCAGCCACCUCAGAGCCUGUGGGUUGGGGGCAGCCACUCUGGCCUCCUCUGUGGCUCUAGAGAAUGAAGGUCCAGACAGAAAGACUUGCGAGAGAGCAGUUUGGAAAGGGGUGGAUAUCAGCCAGCAGGGAAAGCAGGGAAGGGACAGGGAUCCAGGGAGGGCUUCCCAUGAGAAAGCAUGAGAAACUACAUGUGCGGGGCUCCGAGGCUCCCCUGCCAGCCUGGAGGGUCCGUGCAGAGGGACUUGGGUGGGCCUCACACCCUACAGUGACUCCUCUCUUGGCUGGACCCCACCCCAGCCCGGGUCACAAAGGGGCUCCUCUGGGGAGGGUGGGGGUAGAUGAGAGUGGGGAUUUGGAUCUGCCUGCCAGGCCGUCCUGGGCGCUGCAGGAAGCAACAUGACUUAGGUAACUGCCCAGAGGUCCCAGGCAUCUUCAAGGCCCUGGCCCUCUCCCCAGGUGCACCAGACAUGAUGCAGCAGCCGCGAGUGGAGACAGAUACCAUCGGGGCUGGCGAGGGGCCACAGCAGGCAGUGCCCUGGUCAGCCUGGGUCACGAGGCAUGGCUGGGUGCGCUGGUGGGUGAGCCACAUGCCCCCGAGCUGGAUCCAGUGGUGGAGCACCUCGAACUGGCGGCAACCGCUGCAGCGCCUGCUGUGGGGUCUGGAGGGGAUACUCUACCUGCUGCUGGCACUGAUGUUGUGCCACGCGCUCUUCACCACUGGCUCCCACCUGCUGAGCUCCUUGUGGCCUGUCGUGGCCGCGGUGUGGCGCCACCUGCUACCGGCUCUCCUGCUGAUGGUGCUCAGUGCUCUGCCUGCCCUCCUCUUCACGGCCUCCUUCCUGCUGCUCUUCUCCACACUGCUGAGCCUCGUGGGCCUCCUCAUCUCCAUGACUCACCCAGGCUACACUCAGGAUUUGGAUCAAUAGAAGGGCAACCCCA